UGCAGACAAAUUCAAGUAUGAAACUUUAGCUUAAAAGCAAAGUCAACCUUUUUACUUUUGUCUUUCCGAACCUUCCAUAAAAAGAGGACAAAAUUUUGCCAACCUUCCUCAAUCUUUGUUUUCUCCUUCAUUUUUUAAUCACCAGUCAAAGUUUUCAAUACAAUUGUUAUAAUCUCGUGGGUGACAGCUGAGACUUUGGACUGCGGACAGAAAAGUUCUCCUUUUUCACACUUGAAUGCUUCGUUUUUCUUUGGUUUUUCUCGACCCUUCUUUAUAUCAGAUUGUUCUCUUUUUUGGUUCUUGUAGUUGAAACAGGUGACAACAAGAAGACCCAGAGUUUUAUUUUGGAUGGGGUCUUGUUUUAGUGCUAGAAUCAAAGCUGAGAGCCCUCUUCACAACGGGGCUAAUUCAAGAUAUGGGAGCAAAAAUGGUGAAGAAAUGGGUGGUUCAAGCAGCAGGGUUUCUUCAAUGUCAAUGCCUAGAACCGAGGGGGAGAUUUUACAGUCUUCAAAUUUGAAGAGUUUCAACUUCAGUGAACUUAGAACAGCCACCAGAAAUUUCCGACCGGACAGUGUUUUGGGUGAAGGUGGUUUUGGUUGUGUUUUUAAAGGUUGGAUUGAUGAGAAUUCACUUACAGCAGCCAAACCUGGUACUGGUUUGGUUAUUGCUGUCAAAAGGCUUAACCAGGAGGGUUUUCAGGGUCACCAAGAAUGGUUGGCUGAAAUCAACUACCUGGGGCAACUGCAUCAUCCUAAUCUCGUGAAAUUGAUCGGUUACUGCUUAGAGGACGAUCAUCGACUUCUGGUUUACGAAUUCAUGCCAAAGGGCAGCUUAGAGAAUCAUCUUUUUAGAAGAAAUUCUUAUUUUCAACCACUUUCCUGGAACCUCCGGAUGAAGGUUGCUCUUGGUGCUGCUAAGGGCCUAGCAUUUCUACAUUCCGAUGAGGCCAAAGUCAUAUACAGAGACUUCAAAACUUCGAAUAUCUUGCUUGAUUCGAAUUAUAAUGCCAAACUGUCUGACUUUGGACUGGCUAAAGAUGGACCAACUGGUGAUAAGAGUCAUGUUUCGACAAGAGUCAUGGGUACUUACGGUUAUGCAGCUCCCGAGUAUAUGGCCACAGGUCAUUUGACAGCCAGAAGUGAUGUAUAUAGUUUUGGAGUUGUUCUUCUUGAAAUGUUGACCGGCAAGCGAGCAAUGGAUAAGAACAGACCUUCAAGAGAGCACAGUUUAGUUGAUUGGGCCAAGCCUUACCUUACCAGCAAACGCAAGAUUUUACACGUUAUGGAUUCUCGUAUCGAAAGCCAAUACACACUCGAUGCAGCAUUGAAAGCUGCUUAUCUUGCGCUGCAAUGCCUUUCUAUAGAACCGAAGCUUAGGCCUAAUAUGAAUGCCGUAGUGAAAGCACUUGAGCAACUUCAAGACUCCGGCCGUGAUCACAAAGGGGCCCCUCGAAAUUCAUCUGUUCUUAAUUCUCAUCAGCAUUCAAGGAAUGCUCACAAACAUCAAGCGAAAAAUGCAAAUGAUCUCGGCAACAGAAAUACUAUCUCAUAUCCUCGACCGGCUGCUUCUCCAUUGUGUACAUAAAGUAAAAAAUACCAGAUGCAUGCUUUUUAUUGUUGCAGUCAAUACUUGGAUGGACUUGGUAUCUUGAAGUGAAGUAUAUGUGUUCAAAUGUCUACCAUUUGUACAGUUGUUGAAUUCAGUAAUAUCUGAGUUGUGCAUUUUGAAUCAAUGGGGUCUCAAGGCCUUUAUACAAAGCUAAUAAAGGCUUCACUUACCUCUUGUUGAAGUGAAUGUGGGUUUUUCAUAUAUUUGGAGGAUUUA